AGGGUCUGGGAAAGGGCUGUCUGUGGGCGCCAUGUCGGGCCGUGAAGGUGGCAAAAAGAAGCCCCUGAAACAGCCCAAGAAGCAGGCCAAAGAGAUGGACGAGGAAGAUAAGGCUUUCAAGCAGAAACAAAAGGAGGAGCAGAAGAAACUGGAGGAGCUGAAAGCCAAGGCCUCGGGGAAGGGGCCCCUGGGCACAGCUGGAAUUAAGAAAUCUGGCAAAAAGUAAGCUGUUCCUCAUACCUGAGAUGAUGGUGACCCUCUUCCCUUCCUAUUUAA